AUGUUAUCAACAGUUCAAUCGCUAGUGUGGUUAUCUCGAACUAAUGCUAUAAGUUUAAAAUGUGCUCAUCGAGGACUAACUGCCAGUUCACAAUAUACUUCGAAUAAUGAAAUGUACCGUUUUCGAUCGCAUGUCCUUCAACAAAAAGAGACUAAAUUAGCCAAAUAUGGUGGACGUCAGAUGGUGACGUUACUUACAGGCGAUGGUACCGGUGCAGAAAUGAUCAACAGUGUCAAGCAUAUUUUUGGCCAUGCAGAUGUUCCGGUGGACUUUGAGGAAAUGCCGUUAAGCUCCGAUAUGACUCAUAUGGAUACUGAUAUGGAAUAUGCUUUGUUAUCGACUCGACGAAAUGGAGUAGCUCUAAAAGGCAACAUUGAAACUAAAUUUGAUGUUCCACAGUUUACAUCAAGGAAUGUUGAAUUGCGGCGACGUUUGGAACUUUAUGCCAAUAUUUUGCACUGUGUAAGCAUACCUUCAAUUCCAUCGCGACACAGUGAUCUGGAUAUAUUAGUGAUAAGAGAAAAUAUGGAAGGUGAAUAUUCUGGACUUGAACACGAGGCCAAAAAAGGAGUCGUUGAAAGUUUGAAGAUUGUUACACGCACAAAUAUUGAACGGAUUGCUCGUUUUGCAUUCGAAUAUGCAGUAAUUUACAAAAGGAAGAAAGUUACAGCAGUUCACAAAGCUAAUAUACAAAAACUCGCGGAUGGCUUAUUUCUGAGAGUAUGUAAGGAAAUAGCAGAAAAUGAAUAUCCACAUUUGCAAUUCGAGUCAAUGAUUAUUGAUAAUGCAUCGAUGCAACUCGUUUCUCGCCCACAGCAAUUUGACAUUAUACUUUUGCCCAAUCUUUACGGCAAUAUAAUUGCGAACAUAGCUUGUGGCCUCAUUGGUGGAGCAGGAUUAGUAUCUGGCGUCAACGUGGGCUCCAAAUAUGCUGUUUUUGAAACGGGGACAAGAGGCAGUGGCACUGAAAUAGCUGGCAAAAAUAUUGCAAACCCAACUUCCUUUAUUCGAGCUAGUGUAGAUAUGUUAAAAUACUUGGGACUGGAUAAUUAUGCAAAUCUGAUCAGUGAUUCCUUGUUUAUUGCACUUACAGAGCGACGCAUACACACCACUGAUAUUGGAGGUACGGCUAAGACGAGUGAAGUUGUCAGCGUAACAAUGGAAAUAAUGGAUCAGUUGAGGGAAAAAUAUAUUUAG